AUGUUGGUCUCCAUCUUGCUGAGUUUUUCAUUCCCUGCAUCCACUUCUCUUUUCAUCACAGCAUUGUCAGUGAUUAACUUGACAUCGUCUGCUUAUAUUGGGUUCUCCGAAGUCCUAUUUGUCCACAAAUACAGCAGCGGGAUGGUUCUUGAUUCUAUAAUUGCCAUCUCUUCUGGUUACUUUGUGUCCUUUGCAAGCAUGAUCUAUGCCCAACACCUGACACAAGGAAGUUUAGAGCCACCAGUUGACUUAAAGUAUCUUGGAAUUUUGCUGUUUCUUGUGGGUAUCAUUGGCAACUUCUACCACCAUUUCCUACUCUCCAAACUGAGGAGGGGAGAGGGUGACAAAGAAUAUAGGAUUCCAAAUGGUGGUUUAUUUAACUUGGUGAUAUGCCCACAUUAUCUUUUCGAAAUUAUAGAUCUCUUAGGGAUGUCAUUCAUCUCUCAGACAUUGUAUGCAUUCUGUCUCACACUAGACUUUGUGUUUUACUUGAUAGCAAGGAGUUAUGCCACUAGGAGAUGGUACUUGUCAAAAUUUGAAGAUUUUCCUGAGGAUGUCAAGGCUCUCAUUCCCUAUGUUUUCUAGAAUGUGAAGCACAGUUUAAAUGCAUGGUUGGUUUUUGUUGAAAAAUAUAUCUUACAAAGUUAACAUUCUUGUUAUCAAAGUUAAAUAAUAUGAUGUCGUUUGACUUUUAUCUUAUAUCCCCAAAGUCUUUUUCGUUUUAUAUCAAAUUGAUUCUUCUGUACAUUUUUUAAAUUAUGAGAUUUUAUUUAUCUUAAUCAAAAGAUCAUCUAUCAAGGUCCUCUCAAGUUCUUGUCUGAAUUUGAAAGUUUCAAAAAAGAGAAAGAUUGACACACAAAUGGGCUUUACAAUAUUUAUUACUAGCAAAAUAUUUAUACCCUAUAGGACCGUUUAUGUGACAAGAAUUUAGUAGAUUAAUCAUUUUUAGGGAUAUCACAAAAAC